GGAGCCGAGCCGCGGCCGCCGCAGCAGCCCGAGCCCUCGCCGCCGGAUCAUCACAUGACUCGACGGCGGCGGUAGCCGUGGCAGCAGCCGCGGCGGCUCCACGGGCUCGCCGUGUAGGCUCAGCCCGGCGCACGCAGGAGCGGAGCGCAGGGGGCGGGGAAGGGACCUGCUGCAGCUGCGGCUCCCCGGCCGCUGCCGGAGCGCGCCGAGUCUUCCCCGGCCCUGCCGGCGCGCUCCGUGCCGCUCGGUUGCGGAAGUGUACCCGGGGGAGGCGGCGGCGGCGGCGGCAGCGCGGCGUAGGGGAGGCCGGCCCUCGGCCCCCUGCAGCAGCACUAAGCUCCGGGAGCCGCGCGCUGCGCGCCCCAGCACCCCAGCGGCCCGAGCGCCCGGCGCCCACCGCAGCCUGCAUGCCCCGCGCUGCGCCUCGCCCGGCCGCCGCCCCCUGCUUGCACCGCUGCUGCCGGGCGCCGGAGUAAUAUGCUCACUCGAGUGAAAUCUGCCGUGGCCAAUUUCAUGGGCGGCAUCAUGGCUGGCAGCUCCGGCUCCGAGCACGGCGGCGGCGGCGGCGGCUGCGGAGGCUCGGACCUGCCCCUGCGCUUCCCCUACGGGCGGCCGGAGUUCCUGGGGCUGUCUCAGGACGAGGUGGAGUGCAGCGCCGACCACAUCGCCCGCCCCAUCCUCAUCCUCAAGGAGACCCGGCGGCUGCCCUGGGCCACCGGCUACGCAGAGGUCAUCAAUGCCGGGAAGAGCACACACAACGAAGACCAAGCCAGCUGCGAAGUGCUCACCGUGAAGAAGAAGGCAGGGGCCGUGACCUCAACCCCAAAUAGGAACUCGAAGAGGCGGUCCUCUCUUCCCAACGGGGAAGGGCUGCAGCUAAAGGAGAACUCGGAAUCCGACGGUGUUUCCUGCCACUACUGGUCGCUGUUCGACGGUCACGCGGGAUCCGGGGCCGCGGUGGUGGCGUCGCGCCUGCUGCAGCACCACGUGGCGGAGCAGCUGCAGGACCUCGUGGAGAUCCUCAAGAAUUCCGCUGUCCUGCCCCCGACGUGCCUGGGAGAGGAGCCCGAGACGACGCCAGCCCCCAGCCGGACUCUGACCCGCGCCGCCUCCCUGCGCGGAGGCGUGGGCGCCCCAGGCUCCCCCAGCGCCCCGCCCACACGCUUCUUCACGGAAAAGAAGAUCCCACAUGAGUGCCUGGUCAUCGGGGCUCUGGAAAGUGCGUUCAGGGAGAUGGACCUACAAAUAGAACGGGAGAGAAGCUGCUACAACAUCUCUGGUGGCUGCACAGCCCUCAUUGUGGUUUGCCUCCUGGGAAAACUGUAUGUGGCAAAUGCAGGGGACAGCAGGGCCAUAAUCAUUAGAAAUGGAGAAAUCAUCCCCAUGUCUUCGGAAUUCACCCCCGAGACUGAGCGCCAGCGACUUCAGUACCUGGCAUUCAUGCAGCCUCACUUGCUGGGAAAUGAGUUCACACAUUUGGAGUUUCCAAGGAGAGUACAGAGAAAGGAACUUGGAAAGAAGAUGCUCUACAGGGACUUUAAUAUGACAGGCUGGGCAUACAAAACCAUUGAGGAUGAUGACUUGAAAUUUCCCCUUAUCUAUGGAGAAGGCAAGAAGGCCCGGGUGAUGGCAACUAUUGGAGUGACCAGGGGACUCGGAGACCAUGACCUGAAGGUUCAUGACUCCAACAUCUACAUAAAACCAUUCCUGUCUUCAGCUCCAGAGGUAAGAGUCUACGAUCUCUCCAAAUAUGAGCAUGGAGCAGAUGAUGUGCUGAUCUUAGCCACUGAUGGACUCUGGGAUGUUUUAUCAAAUGAAGAAGUAGCAGAAGCAAUCACUCAGUUUCUUCCUAACUGUGACCCAGAUGACCCUCACAGGUACACACUGGCAGCUCAGGACCUGGUGAUGCGUGCCCGAGGUGUCCUGAAAGACAGAGGAUGGCGAAUAUCUAAUGACCGACUGGGUUCAGGAGACGACAUUUCUGUAUACGUCAUCCCUUUAAUACAUGGAAACAAGCUGUCAUGAAAAGCCCAGGGGAUUGGGAGGACAGAGGGAAUGGAAUCUGGGAUGGCUCUUGGCAGGGUGGAACUGGGUUGAGCUCUGGCUGAGUUUCAAGCAAUGCAGUCUCUCCCCAGCCCAGGUGGGGAGUUUGCUGCCAAAAGGCCUCUGGCUGUGCUUCACGAUGACCCUUAGGUUUCCACUUCUUCUUUAGCAACCGGUCUGGAUACUCAGCAGCAAAACACAGAGGUGUUCCUAAGAGUUGUAUUUCUGUUGGUUUCUUUAUAGGCCUCCAGUGUGGCCAUGGCCUAUUUGGGGUAUAUGCAUCCUAUUUAUUUUGUUUAGAGUAACCGGAAUAGCCAUUUUCAGGUGUAACUGGCAGGAGGUUCCUUGGCCUGUCCGGCUGCCAACUUCUCUACGGGUUAAAGUGCUGCAUGAGAAAAGUAGGUGGGCAGGGGUCAUGCCUUGGAAAGCGGUCAGCACCCACCUAAUAAGCCUGAGAUUUAUUUCAGGGAUUGCUGCCUGCCCCACCCACCCGUCGUCUUUCUCUCUUCCUUUGUGGUGAUGGUGGGGUGAGGUAGGGAGUUUUAUUCUUUUUUGACAUUCCUUGAAUCUCUCUUUUCCUUUCCAUGGAGCAGAACUGGGGCUUUCCGAGUCUUUGCUGAGGAAUUUCUGUGUCAAACUCCAAUCCAAGCUGGGUUGUCCCCACAUCCCCGUGCCUAUGACACCCAGGCAGCUGUCUGGAGCAGCACUGCAUGACCAAGUAUGUCUUUGUUAUGUGGCACUGGGGCCUCAGUUGUUUCUCACCACAUUACUGUGUUUCAAGGAAACUGUUUCUUUGGACCAGCACCCUCUGUUGUCAUCAGCCGUCCCCUGGUAUGGCCUGAGUUUUUUCUGUGAAAGUCUUGGAUGUUCAUGUCUACAGUGGUUGGCCCUCUCCCACCCACUGUGUUGUGGGGACAAACACAUGGCCUCGUUUCAUAGAGCAAGAGCAGUUCAGAAGUUCCUUGUGUCUGUGGGUUUACCUUACCUCACGUGAGGGCCAGUUUGGACUCCCGUUCCAUGGGCCGUGACCGGAAGCCAAGUAUCAGAGUCCUGGGUGGAGCAGCAGCUCUGCUCUCUCCAUCGUCUUCGUGUAAGGGCCUCUCAGGAUGCUACUUUAAUAAACAUGAAUUUGCCUUGGGUUCACUGGCUGUUCUCAUGCUGUGCUCCUAUUUUCUCCCAGAGACUUGUAUCCUAACUACCCAAGAACCAAGACUCCUACUCCCACCAUGGAUCUACUUACAAUAUUCUCACUGGGGCAGUGGCAGCACUGCACUGGGGGAGUUUGCAGAAUAACACCUAAUUACCUAGUCGUCUUUCUGUAGCUACUAGGGUAUUGUCACCACUUUGACAACUUCAUGGAAUUAGAAUACUCUUCCAACCCAGUAUUUAUAAAGUCAUUGGUGUGAUCCCCCAAAAUGGUGAGGAGUCAAUUCCUAUUCUCACGUUUUUUUGGAUUCCUGCUGGAGAAGAAAGAAACUCUUCCUCCGGGGUGGAGUACAUUCCUAGAGCUGUGGCUGUUGUCUCAGGAGAGGCCUAGGGCUUCCUGCUAGGGAAUGAAUUUGCUCCACAGUCUGGGAGCACCGCCCCGUAUGGCAGGUGAAGUCUCGUAGGAAUUCACCCCACCAUGUGUCUGCCAAAAUGCUGUCUGGGAAGCACCGGACUCUGACUUUGCCAGGAGGCAUCUUCAUCUGCCAGCAUCCCUGCCUCCUUUGAUCAGUCUUAGACGUUUCUGAACAUCUCUGUGGGGAGAAGUUUAUAGUAAACCACUUGCUUCCCUGGUGGAUAUGAUGCUGUAGGGAAACAGCAGCCAUCGUACAGCGGUGUGGUCCAUUUUCUGUUCCCCCUCUCACAAGCACAUUGGAAACCUAAGAGAGAGUCUUCCAUAGAGGACCCUGAGUUGCCGCCUUAUUGCCUUUCAUCCCUUUGCUUUUCUGGACCUCCCUCGAGUUUCUUUAGUUCUACUCAAGUUACUGGAGUCAGAAUUUGGGUGUAGAUAUCAUAUACUCAGAGGUGUAAUAACCACCUUCUGAAUUCACCAGUGCAGUUACUGCCAAGGCAUCUCAGGAAAAACCCUGGAAACCCCAGAUUCAGAUUAUCCUUCAGUCCUGAGCAUUUGGUCCUGCUGGUGUUAGUAAGAAAGGUGUCCGUGAGUUUUUUGCAUAAGCCUCCUUGGGUGAAAAGAUUUUAGUAGCAAGCUGGAGCAUGGUUGAUGUUUGGGAGCUGGGAAGAAGACUGCAAAUGAGAUGGAUAAAUCAAAAGCUGGGGUGGGAGGAGUGUUUGUCACUGCCAUGGCAGAUCUCCCCAGCACUGCUAUUACUCUGUAAAUGGAGCCUAGAACUGGGCCUUCUUUUUCACCCAAGUCAUCCCAACCCAGAACAGUAAUCAUGUCCCCAUAAUGGGUCAGCCCUUGGAGCAUUCCUGGGAAAGUCCAAAGACAAUACACUCAAACGGACGCAGAACACUUUUAUAUGUGGUUCUGAAAUCUGUGUACUUGACUUACAGCCAAAUCCACUUGCCCUGAUAGCCUCAGAGAAAGCCUUCUUUAAUAAAAGGCCUUUAAUUUCCUAGUCAAGUUUUUAUGGUUGUCUUAGAGGAGGGGGCGUUGGCCAUUUCUUUUAAUGAAAGGCUCUCUCACUCCUAAAUCUUGCUGGCCUGGCCCCUGCUCUUCAAACUCUUUGGUAACUCUUCCUUAAAGAGGGAGUUCACAGCCCAUCUGCCCUCUACAGUGUUUUGCUAGACAACCACCAAAGCUUUGUUAUUCUAGCACCUAAAGUCAGUGUUACAGACGGACAGUGUCUGCCCUCAGAGAAGAGGUGCUCUGCUGAGGCUGUGCAUACCUACCUGCUGUUCUUCAGGGGGGAAGAAAGGUGAAAAAUCAGGCUAGGCUAAGUACUCAACUGACAAAGCCUAAAAAGUACAGAUUUCAGUUAGUUAUUUUCCCCAGUGUUCAGCUUUGGAGGUUUUGGAGUCUUGUUUAAUUCUUAGGAAUUUUCCUUACCUCCAUGAGGCUUUGUGAAGUCAUCUGUGCCCACCUUCUUACUUCUGUAAGUAUUCAUCAUUCUUGAAAAGAGUUAUUAUCACUGUCAUGAUAUAAUGGUAAGAAUGAGAUUCCUAGUCAAAUUUAGCCUCAGCUCUUAGCCAUUCAGGCAGAGUAGGCAGUCUACCAAGAGCACUAGUAUAGAGACACUUGGGGGGAAAAAUCUCCUAUAUCUUUAAAAUACUGCUCUUUUCUUAAUUUAAAAAACAAACAAAAAAACCCUCCCUUAUCCAUUGAUCAGCUUUAUUUCCAGCACCGCAAGUAGUCAAUCGUUUUCUUUCCACAGGUUUGAGGAUCUGACCUUUCCUUAAGUAAUCUAUCAGCUCCAAUGUUUUCACAGUAUGUUAAGCUUUGAUGAAAUUCUAUUUUCAGAAAGUUAGUGCUUCUGGGACAGCUGGCAAAAAGCAUUGAGAAUUAUGAACAAGGCUGACCUACAAGUUGCCAGAACGGAGAAAGUAGUAAAUGGUCUCUGGCUCCAGGAUAGAACUAUAUGUUAGCAACUGAUGUUUGAGGACUUCCAAUUCAGAGAAAGGUUGCAGCCUACACACCGCAGCCCACCUCUCUGAGCAAACAUUGCUUUUAUGUGGGUGGUGUGGCAUAUGCAUGUACACUGGGAUUUUCAAAGGACACUAAGGGAGCAGCCUGAUUGCCUCUUCUGUAAACUCCAAGACUCUUUGUCAGUUUGAGCACCAGUCUGUGGAGUACUGCUCUUUCUAAUCCAUAAUGUUAUCUGUGUAAAUAGCUUUAAUUUUUCCUCUAUGUCUAAGAUGUAAGUUUUGUUCAUGUAGCAACCAGGUAGUCAGGUGACCUAUAAAGGCUGUAAUUGUGCUAUUGUUUUCUACUGUGAUGUACUUGAAGAAAGAGAACCUUGCGUCCUCCAUUUUUCUGACCUCCCAUGAAUAUUUUAUGUUUGUUUAGGGAGUCCUAAGGUUAUUCUUUUAUUCCUGUUUUGUUUCCAAUCUUCCCUGUUUCUUCUGGAGACCCAGGGAGGCUCAUAGUGGAGAUCAUUUGUUGUAAGGAAUGUACCAUGGUCUGGGUUUCCAAAACGAUCCUGCAUAUAGUGAAUGAGAGGAAUCAGCCUGGGAAUGGUUUCAGAACCAUGUACCUUUAUGCUCUGUGAUUGUGAAACAUUGACUUUUGUAACCCAAAAAGGAAAACUGUUUAGUAAAGGGGAUCUAUUUUGUGUGUUUUGAAACUGAGGUGCAAUGUCCCCUGGGAAAGCUAAAGAAAUGUAUAUGCUCAAUGACAUUUUAAAAUAAAAUAUUAUAUAUAUAUGUAUGUA